AUGGCAUGGCGGAACAUCGAGGUUCACGAAAAGUACGGUCCUCUUGUGCGGAUAGGGCCAAACCAUGUGUCAGCAUCUGAUCCAGAGGCUUUGAAGACGAUAUACAGCUUUACCAAUAUCUUCCCCAAAUCUGAAUUCUAUUCCAUCGGGGAGGGCCUUUAUGAGGGCAAGAAAUUACCCACGCUUUUCACAACGCGGAGUAAUGAGUACCAUGCACAGUUGAAGCGGGCUUCAGCCAAGGGUUUCUCGAUGACGGCCAUCUCGGAGUUAGAGCCAUACGUAAACGGGUGUAUUGAGUUAUUUCUAAAAAAAGUCGAAGAGCGCUCAAAUGAUGGCAAAGUGGUCUUUGAUAUUGGACCGUGGAUGCAAUUCUUUGCAUUUGAUGUUCUUGGAGAGGUCAACUUCUCUAGAAGCCUUGGGUUCUUGGAGACAGGCGCCGAUGUUGAUAACAACAUUGCCGCAAUUGAUCAGUUUUUGUCUUAUGUUUCUCUGAUCGGACAGAUACCCACCGCAAACUAUUUUUUCCUGGGAAAUCCAAUUUUACCGUUAAUCUUUUCGAGCUAUGAGAAAAUGAACAAAGUGCAAGAGUUCGCUAUCGCCAUGGUUAAGGAACGCAGACAGAACCCGGUUUCUCGAAAGGAUAUACUUGCAGCUUUAUUUGAGGUUCAUGACUCUUCUCCUUCAAAGCUAUCAUCUCGCGAGAUCGUUGCCAUUACAACUACCAAUAUUCUCGCUGGUUCCGAUACGACGGCAAUUACCCUAAGGGCCAUAUUCUACUAUCUGUGUAAAAAUCUGUCGAUGUAUCGAAAACUUCAACGGGAGGUAGACAGUGCAGUUGAGGCGGGUCGGCUGUCCAAACCCGCUACAUACAAAGAAACUACGGCAUUAACAUACCUUGGUGCUGUGAUCAACGAAGCCAUGCGCAUUCACCCUCCAACAGGAUUUAUUUUGGAACGUGUCGUCCCAGAAGGUGGUGUCACACUAAAUGGCACAUAUCUGCCAAAGGGAACUAUUGUGGGAGUCAAUCCCUGGGUGAUAAAUUAUAACAAACAAGUAUUUGGUGAGGAUGUCAAUGUGUUCCGACCUGAGCGCUGGCUUGAGGGGAGUCCAGAAGAGAGAGCCGACAAAAAUAGAAAUAUGUUCGCGUUUGGUGCCGGUCCCCGUGUCUGUAUUGGAAAGCACAUCAGUCUUUUGGAGAUGUGGAAACUUGUGACAGAAUUUGUCCGUCACUUUGAUUUCGAGUUGGAGGAUCCCAAAGCGGAGUGGAAUAUACAGGCUGGAUGGUUUGUAAAACAAGAAGGCCUAAGAUUGAAGUUCAAGAAGAGGGUUUGA